UGAUGAUUCGGUGACACCCUUCGACAUUGAUGAUCCCAAGGAUUUUUCAGUUACUGUGUCAUCAUUGGAUGAAAUGGUGGUGUCUGUCCACGCAAACCUUCAGUCCCAAUGGCCGGUUGUGGUUGCACAGGGUGAAGGGCAAGGUCCCUUGAUUAAAUUAGAGAUGAUGAUUAGCGAACCCUGUCAGAAGACCAAGAGGAAGAGUGUUCUUGCCGUGGGUAAAGGAAACGUCAAGGUCAAAUUUGAACCAAAUGUUGAUGAGCACCUAGGAGGCACCAACGAUAUCGAGGGCAUCAGUCGGGAAUACAAAGACCACUUCAGUAAUUCCAUACAGCGUGAAGGAAACCAGGAGAGAGCGGUUCAGGAGUGGUUCCAACAUGGCGCCUCUGUUGGCCAAGAGGAACGUAGCAACAGAAGCACAACCCCACAGUACCCCCUGGAAGGAAAGGAUAAGAAGUUGCUCAAGAGUGGUGGUCCAGACUCCUUCACAAGCUUUCCCACUCAAGGGAAGUUACCGGAACCCAAUAAUCCCAGUGACCUUACAGUGACCUCAAAAGGGUUAACUGACUUGGAGAUCGGCAUGUAUGCUCUGCUCUGUGUCUUCUGCUUGGCCAUUUUGGUCUUCUUAAUCAACUGUGUGGCAUUUGCUUGGAAAUACAGACACAAAAGUUUCGCUGUGAGCGAACAAGGCAACAUCCCCCAUUCCCAUGACUGGGUCUGGCUUGGGAAUGAAGUAGAACUUCUGGAAAACCCCGUGGACAUCACCCUCCCAUCAGAGGAGUGCACAACCAUGAUAGACAGGGGGCUGCAGUUUGAGGAGAGGAACUUCCUUCUCAACGGCGGCUCCCAGAAGACUUUCCAUAGUCAACUACUCUUUUAGAAACAUGACUAGGGA